CUUCAUAUUCCAUUUCUAUCUUCACCCGCCUUCCCCGAGCGCAUCGCCGCCCGCUCUGUCCUACACCUACGCCGUCGAACAUUCACUCUUCCACCGCAUGGUCUCGCGAUUACCAACUCAGGAGUGUUUCGCUUAUCGUCGACAAGCAUGGCCAGCUACUCCGCCAUAGGCCCCGAACCAGAUGAUACCGAUCCCUUGUCCACAAGCACGGGGUCGCUGCGGGGAAGAAGGCGUGGAAGAGGAAAGAAAGAUAUCGGAUACACCGGCCAGGCAUCAUGGAUAAGUAGUGUCAUCAACAUAGUGAAUACCAUCCUUGGAGCCGGUCUUCUCGCCAUGCCUUCCGCCCUUUCAAAGAUGGGCAUCUUUCUCGGUAUCUUCGUGAUUGCGUGGGCUGGAAUGACUGCCGGCUUUGGCCUCUACCUUCAAACCCGGUGCGCGAGAUAUGUAGAACGCGGCCACGUGUCUUUUGCCGCGCUAUCACAGCUCACAUACCCGAAUCUAUCCAUACUAUUCGACGCUGCAAUCGCCAUCAAAUGCUUUGGGGUCGGGGUCAGCUAUCUCAUCAUCAUUGGUGAUCUAAUGCCUGGAGUAGUGAAAGGAUUCGCACCGGGAGCUGGAGAAGCUGCCUUCUUGAUGGACCGACAGUUCUGGGUCACUGCCUUCAUGCUAAUCAUUAUUCCUCUAUCCUUUCUACGGCGUCUAGAUUCGUUGAAGUACACGAGCGUUAUUGCUCUAUGUUCGAUUGCAUAUCUCGUGGUCUUAGUCGUUGCUCACUACAUCAAGGGCGACACACUGCAAGACCGUGGGGAAGUCCGAGUCUUUCGAUGGGCUGGCCCAGUGUCAGUUCUUGCCGCAUUCCCAGUCAUUGUCUUUGCCUAUACAUGUCACCAGAACAUGUUUUCUAUUCUCAACGAAAUUGCUGAUAACUCUCAUUUCCGCACCACCAGCGUCAUUUUCGCAAGUAUCGGGGCCGCUUGCUCCCUUUACAUUCUUACCGGUAUCACUGGCUACCUGUCCUACGGCGAUAACAUCAAGGGGAACAUUGUCAGCAUGUACCCGACGGCCGCUCCAUCAACCAUCGGGCGUCUAGCCAUUGUGAUCCUGGUCAUGUUCUCCUACCCCCUUCAAAUCCAUCCCUGUAGGGCUUCCAUUGACGCUUGUUUGAACUGGAGGCCUCGUCGCCGUAAUGCUCAGAACGAAUCGUCUCCGUCUCGCAACACUCUUCUUAACUCUUCAAAGGGUGGUACCAAGCUGAAGCCUGAGAUGGGCGAUAUCCGCUUUGCUGUCAUCACCACCAUCCUCAUCGUUCUAUCCUUUAUCACCGCUAUGACGGUCUCCUCACUCGAGAAGGUGCUCGCUUAUGUUGGCAGCACUGGUUCGACCACAAUCUCCUUCAUCUUGCCCGGAUUAUUCUACUACAAGAUCUCAGACCCCGACUCGACACACCAUCAACGGCUCGUCAAAGAUGAAGAUGACGAAGAUGAGUUCGACAGUGCCGAUGCAGAAGGCUAUGUCAUGAGCGAUGCGCACAAGAGCCGGCACUGGCGCCGAGGCCUUCUGCGGAGCUUAAGCUUAGCACUCGCUAUCUAUGGUGUGUGUGUUAUGAUUGUGUGUUUAGUGACUAACACUUUCCUCAUUGCGUCUCAUUGAGCCUCAUCGAGCGUCAUAGCAUGGCUUUCACUGUCAUUUCAAACGAGCGAUUUAGAGCAUUUGCAUGGUGUUCUUGAUUUAGACAUGGGUUUUGGAUUAGGUUUUCUGGGGAACACUUAGGGACUAUGGGCAGCUUCGCCACCGUUCGGUUUACAAUAAGACUCCUCGCUGGAGCUUCUUCUGUUUUGCAUGCUUAUACGUCAUCUGCGGAGGAAAAUUGUACAUAUUUCAAAUCAAGACUUUCCUGCCUUA